AUGGGAAAAGCCUUUGAGGAUGGGUCCAUAUCAAUACCCGAGCCAGACCGUCUUCUAGGAUGCAGCCUACCUCUUGUUCCUAUUUCUUGGCGAUGAAAUCUUUGCACUUAACCCUGGCUGUUGCGUCCCUAUCCAGGGAAGAAUAUUAAAGAGGACCUAGGUAUAUUCAAUUAUCGUUUGUCUUGAGCAAGGAGAGUAAGGCGCAGUUCAAACGUCAAACUUUACAUGUGCCGAACCUAAUACCAGUUUGGGUCGACCCAAAUAAUUGUGUUCGGCAGUUGAUUCAAACGUCGAACCUAAUUGGCUCGAACUUAAUUGCAAAAGUGAACAUGACACUUUUGUAGUCAGCGGUUAUUGGCUUAAAAUGGGGGAAAAAUUGCGGGAAAGGCAAAUUGCGGAAAUGAGGAGCUUCGUUUUUCUUGCAUGUGCGAUCAAGGAGGGUAGAAGAAGGCGACUUCAGAUGCAGUUAGUGUUAAGCAGCCUCGUUGCCAGGAGAAAGCGAUUUUUGAAUUUGGGUUGCCUUCUAUUAUUGCUGAUUUCCGAAAGGAACAUCCCAGUUCCUCGUCAAGUUCGUUCUUGUCGUCGGCUGAAAAGAAAUACUGGCUGAUGGGAGAAUGUUCGCAAUACGUAUUCAGAUGCAAGGUUCAAGAAAACCUUCAGAGUGUCCCAGGAAACAUUUAAUUUCAUUCUGAACCGUAUUGCACCCUUACUUGUUCGGCAAACUGUGACGGAAGAACCGAUAACGCCAGCACUGAGGCUUGCUAAUUGUCUGUACAGACUAGGCAGAGGAGAUUAUCUCUGUACCAUUUCAGAAAUGUCUGGACUAGGCGUCUCCACUGUCUCCUCAAUCUGUCAGGAAAUCUGUUAAGUCCUGGUGGACCAUUUCUGAAAUGAGACUGUGUCAACUCACAUGCCUCAGACGGAAGAGGAGUUCAAACAAAAAAUUCUGGACAUGGAAGAAUUUUUCAAAUUUCCUUGCUGCUGGACAGCAAUAGAUGGUUGUCAUAUUCCCAUGAAAUGCCCACCUGGAGGACUUCAGGCAUGCAAAGAGUACCAUAAUUUUAAGAAUUUCUACUCUAUUGUCCUAAUGGCAAUGGUAGAUUCACAUUACAGAUUUGUGUGAUGUAACUGUGGGUUUCCAGGAUGUGCUCACGAUGCAGUCAUAUUUAGAUCCACUGACCUUUGGACCCGCAUCCAAGAAGGCUUCCUUCCUGUAAUUGGAAAAACUGUAGGCAAUGUUACUGUCCCACCACUUCUAGUGGGAGACUCUGCAUUCCCUAUGUGCACAUGGUUAACGAAACCAUACAUCAAUGCAGUUCUGACACCCCAGCAACGUAACUUUAAUUAUCACUUAAGCAGAGCCCGUAUGGUCACAGAGGGUGCUUAUAGGUAACUCAAGGGUAGGUGGAAGGUGUUACUUCAAAAGAAUGAAAGCAGUCAAGGUAAUGCCUGCAUUACUACAUUAGUAUGCAUUGCACAAGGAGAUGAAAUUUCAAAAAGCUUGACUUGAGUUUGGAUACAAAUGUUCAAAAGAGAAAUCGAGAGGAAAUAAGAAAGCUGUUGCAGAGGAGAAAUUGCUCAAGCAUCAGGGAUGUCUCAGUGGAGGCAAAUAAAGUCCAGAAUGCUCUAUGCGAAAAACUAUGGCUUGAGAAGGAAACUGACAGAGUCUGUUAAUUUAAAUCAUCUGUAUUUUCACCAAAUUAUUGUCAUAUGAUUUUAUCAAGUACAGGAUGAAUAUGGAUUGUGCACCUGACACAACCUUCAAUCUGAACAAGCUAAAAGUUGCUAAUAAAGUUUUGUUACUUAAAGCCCUUUAUGCUCCAAGAUUGAUCAAGUUUAAUUUUCUCUUCACAGUAUCAGCAUAGUCAUAAGAAAGGUUGUGGGAAUUAAGGAAGGUAUCACCAAAUAGACACUGCCUUGAACUUCGAUAACAAAUUCCCUCAACUAGUACUAAAGGAAACAUGAGACCAGUAAGGAAAAUUUGCACAUAUAGCAUGGUAAUUAGGCUUGAAGGUUUAAUUGCUUUUCAGUGAAAAAAUCCUCUGGUUGCAAUAUAUUAUGAUGUAAUUGAGUAAUAGAAGAUAUAUUGAAAAUACUUCAUGUAAUCAUUCCAUACAACAUAUCUAACUGGAACAAAAAUAACAGAACUUUGGUAGGAUUAACAAACAAUGUGCAAAUACUUAUUUUUAUAGAUACAUAUAUAUACUUCCAGAGAUCAUUUCUAUCAUAAGUUUAAAUUGUAUGUAAAAAUUAAUCAGAAAGAAUUUUCCUUUUUAGCAAUUAUUUUUUUCGUGAUUCACUUGUCUAAACCAUAACAACAACAAAUAUAUUAACUCUUUAGUCAAGACACAUGCACCCUGAAACAUUUUCUGUUCAUGUUGUCCAUACAAGGUUGCAAUAGCGAACUAUUACACUAUAUUAGAGAGUUCUUUUCAACAGCUUUCUUGGCACAUUUCCAAUCCACAUCCAACUAUUUUCAUUUAAAAAUGGCUGAAAAUCAGAGUUUUGAAACAGAAAGCCCUAUUCUUCCAAAAAGCAAAUUUCCAGUGUCAAGAGCUUUCAAUUAUGGCUUUUCUGGUUUUGUUUUGCACUGGUGUGUUUUCCCAUUUGGGUAUGUCAGUGAUUUUGCAAAUAAUAACUGGCCAUGUGGGAAGGACUGUGGUUGAAGUAUAUAUGAAUAUAUAGGAUAGGGUUUCCAUAAGAAACUUCAGACAUCCUUUCCUUGGUGGUCUGCUGUGCUCCUCGAGAACUUGGCAUUGAUGGGUAAAACCUUGUGUUGUGAUACCCAGAACCCCUGAUUCCAUGAUGGGUAAAACCCUGUCUCCGUACUGGAUGAUAGAGGCAUGCCUGAAUUGGCUCUGUUGCCAAGCAUGAGUUGAAAUAGCUGUAACUCAUGCUCGCGGGACUUUUCCAUUUCAUCCCUUAGGAAGCUGAUCAUUUCUUUGGUGGGGUCAUUUCUUACAGCCUCCUAGAUGAGUUGUAUUACUUCCUGGUUGUUAAUUAAUUAUUGAUUUAUUUACUUAUAGAGCGUCCUUUAACAUUUAUGGGAUGAUCAAAGGCGCUUUACAAUCCAAGAAAACUAAUAUUACAAUAGAUAAUUACAAUAACAAUACUAAAAUAAAAUAAUGAUGGUAAAUGAAUAUAUAAUGAAAGAAUGAAUGAAUAAAAAGUAAAUAAAUAAGAUACAAAAUACCGAUAAGAUUGUAAUGCGAAUCUAAAACGCUUGCUUAAAAAGAUAGGUCUUAAGAGAUUUCUUAAAUAGCGCUAGCGAAUCAAUCGUGCGGAUGUGCGCAGGCAAGCUGUUCCACAGCGCAGGCGCAGAGGCAUGAAACGAGCGGGCACCUAAAGUUGUGCGCAUAACCCCUUUUGGGCGUUCUAAAAAUAUUGUAUCAUUAUUGCGUGAUGAAUACCUAGACGAUGAUCUGAUACAGAUCAGAUUACUUAAAUAACUAGGAGCCAUGCCAUGAAUCGCCCUAAAAGUAAUCAUCAAGAUCUUAAAUUGAAUACGAUAAUUUACUGGCAGCCAAUGAAGGUUGUAAAGUACCGGUUUAAUAUGAUCGAAUUUCAUUGUGUCCGUUAUAAGCCUGGCUGCCAUAUUCUGUAUGCGUUGUAAUUUCGAUAGUUGGUACUUGGGUAACCCAUAUAAUAUACUAUUGCAAUAAUCCAGCCUUGAAGUUACGUAAGCAUGGACUAAUGAUUGUCUGCAUUCCUUAGAUAAGUAUUUCGAUAUACGCCUAAUGUUAUGAAUAUGGUAGAAGGAGGUCUUGCAUAUCUGGUUUAUAUGGCUGUUCAUCUCGAGAGAUUUGUCUAACAUAACGCCGAGGUUCCUGACAGUGGAAGAACGAUCAAUCUUCUGGUUGCCAACUUCUAUGCUAGAAGAGCGGAGUUUGCUUAACUGCUGACGAGUUCCGAUAGCAAGGAACUCAGUCUUCGUGUCGUUCAAUAGCAGCCGCCCAUCAAUCAUCCACUUUCGAAUGUCCUUAAUACAUGCUUCCAUAGCGCGAUGCGCAACAUCCUGGGCAUCAUCAUAACCCGGCCUAAAGCUAAGGUAGAGUUGGGAGUCAUCGGCGUAGGAGUGGACUUGAGGAAGGUGACGUUCAAUGAUCCUGAAGAGGAAAGAGGUGUAAAUAACGAACAACAGUGGAUUCAGGCAGGAACCCUGGGGAACACCGCAGUCCAGAGAAAAUUCCUUUCAAAUCGAUCCAUCAAUUACGACUCGUUGACUCCGACCAGACAGGUACGAGCGGAACCAGUCAUGCGCUUUACCCUGCAAGCCGACAACCUUGAGCAAGGCCGUCUCUGUGCUAUGGUGUUCACGAUAAGACGACUGCAGCUCUGGAUAGAUGUUAUGGGUGACCAACUGACCAUGCGUCUGUAUGAACACAGCCUUUUCUGUAAGUUUGGAACUAUAUUGUAAAUUACUGACUGGUCUGAAAUUCUGAAAAAUCGGUUCCAGUCCAAGCUUCUUCAACAGGGGAUGGACCGAGGCACAUUUCCACUGGUCAGCAAAUAUACCAUUCUGCAGUGAAAGAUUAAUGAUCUUGGUUAAAACAGGGAGCAGAGUGUCAAUACAGGCAACAAGAAGGGGAGUUGGCAUAGGAUCAAGCGCACAUGACUUCUUGGGCAUGGCCUCAAUCAAUUUCCGUACUUCAUGUUCAGUGAUCAGAGUAAAACUGGUCAUUGGCUCAAUCGAAGAUACUUCAGGCUGGGAGUCAGGAUUACUAGGUGACACGUCAGCUGACAUUUCGUCAAGCUUACCCUGAAUGGUGACAAUCUUCUGGGCGAAAAAUUCACCGAACUUAUUGGCAAGAGCAGCUUUGUCCUUAAAAGGUGGAUAUUGAAUUUCACGACCGCUACCAAGCAACCGCUUUGUUACCUAGAAUAAUCUCAUCUGAUCGCCACAGUUCUCAUCGAUGAGUUCUCUGUAAAACACCCUGCGCGUCUCCGUCAUAAGGUUGUUGGUUUUAUUUCUCAAGACCUCAUACCUCUGUAAAUCAGAAAGGAGGCCAGUGCGGCGCCAUCUUCUCUCUGCCUUACGCCUCUCCUUUCUCACUUCCUUAAUAUCGUUGUUAAACCAAGGGACCAGAGGACGCACUGGAAUAGAUCUAGUAACAAGUGGAGCAUGACGGUCUAAUGCAGACGCAAGAGUGGUGUUCUAACAGUGCACCAAAUCGUUGAGAUCGUCUGGAGUGUUAGUACACAAAUCUGAAGCAGCAAGCUCAUUAGACAGUGCAGCAGUGUCGAUGUUCUUAAUCUUCCGUAUCGUUUUCGUCUUCCUGGUGAUUGUUGGCUUGUCGAGAUUAAGCAAACAAGUAACAGACCAGUGAUCAGAAAUAUGAUAAUCACUAACAGGUGGAUCCUUGACCAGGACGUCGCAUUGCCGUGUGAUAAUUAGAUCCAAUGUUCGCCCCGAUUCGUGAGUUGGCGUAGUAACAUGCUGUUCGCGCGAACAGGAUCCCCGACAACAUCUACAUGAAUAUUGAAAUCGCCAGUUAUCAACAACGGCUCUGAGGAAAGGAUGAUUGAAUCCAGAUAGGCUGAAAACUCCUCAAAGAAGACAUCAACAGACACAGGAUGAGAAGAAUACUGCAGGCGAUACACAACAACGACGCGGACUUUCCGAGAGCCCCGACCAAGAAUGAUCCACUCAGAGAACUCGAAUGACUUUUUCUCGCCAGCCGCGAUUCUCGUCACGCUAAUACUGUCACGGCACAAUAAAGCUGUACCACCCCCGGAGCGACCAGAUCUCGCAUGAUCAUAUAACAUCUAGCCUGGCGGAGUCACCUCCGCUCUAUGAGCUGAGUCUUUUUCGAUGAACCAGGUUUCAGUAAUUGCGAAAAUAUCCGUAGCGCACGAUUUAGCAUAGCACAGAAAGUCCGCAGAUUUGCUUUUGAUAGAUCUUGCAUUCAAAUUACAGAGUUUCAUUAAGUUAGUUCGAAGUGAAGAGCACUAUGAUAUAUCAAUAGGAACGUCCGCGAGCGUGCGAAAUACUGGCCUAUUAUAACCAGAGGUGACAUUCGGCCGCAUUGUAAUCAGCGAUGGAAUUCCAAACCUUGCUCUCGGUCCAUUAUUUGAUGUGCUUAUUGUUCGAGUCGAACUUGAAAUAUGCAAAUUUCCGCCAUGAACCAGAUUUUGACCGCCAGAGCAGAUAUCAAAUAAAUCGUUUGUAGGACCUGGAUUUCUAGAAAUAUCCAUCCAGACAGUAAUAUCCAGCGGGGGGUCAUGUCCAGCAAUAACUAAACAGGUAGAACCGUGUUUCGACCAUCUAGCUAAGGAGAAUUUGGUGCAGCAAAAACCAACAGAUCUAGCACGCACGCCAAUGCGAACUGAAGAUGGCAAGAUAUUUGCGAAAAAAACGCCAAGACCAAAGCAACCAACUCCAUGUUGAUACCAAGGCGAAACUGAAGAAGAAGUUGUAGUUCCAUUAAAUUUAGAGAGUGCCAAUACGCAAUAAAACGCAACCAAAACGAGAGCCCUUAGCGACGUGUGCAUACUUCACUCUCCACACAACAUUCUCAUUUCCAAUGAUUGGUUGAUAUCAAGUUUAUCUUUAUUAGAUUUCCCUUUCUUCGCAGAUCUUUUGGGAACAAACAUCUCAACUUCAUCAUCAACAUUGUCAGGGUCAUAAAGAGAACUUUCAGGGGUACAUGGAGGUGAUGAUGAAGAUGUUGAUGGCUCUACAGCCCGUUCUGGUCGGCACGAGUCCCUUGUUUUCACCACGUCCAACAAGGCAUUGAACCACUUGCCAAAUCCAUGGUCUUCUUGGUACCUCUUUAUCCCUGUUGCUGUCUUUUGGGUGAGGGCAGCUUGUUUAUACUGGCUAACACACUUCUUGAAUUUGGUUCUCAUUUGGUUGGCUUUCAUUGUGAACUUGUUACCUCUAGCUGAUGCCCUCUCUUUCAACUCAUCCAAGAUUUUGGCAUAGAUUGGCGUUUGAACUAGGACUUGUGCCAGACGAAAGAAUGUGUACAACCGACUGAUUGUCGCAAUGAAACAUCACGUUCUGAGAGGCCAGUGAAGGGGCCCAGGGUGAUACCGCUGCAGUAAUUGCAUAAAGUUCCUUGAAGGUGAUGGAUCUGGAGAGGGGAAUGCGGUGAGCGGAAAACGAACAGGAAAACCAUUCACCAGCGAAGUAUGCUCCAAAGGCUGCGUGGCUGGCGUCAGUAAAAAGUUCCAAGGAAGAAUUGGGUAGCCAUGUGUCUUGAUAAAAAAAGCAACAGCCGUUCCACGAGGUAAGAAAGGUUUGCCACCAGUGAAUGUCCUUACGGAAUGCGACGGUGAGACGGAUACGAUUUGAAGGGUGGCUAGCUUUGCUGAGUAGAUCGAUCAUGCGACGAACGAAAGUUCUUCCAGGGCGACAUACAGACGAAAUGAAGUGAAGCUUUCCAAUCAACGAUUGUAGUUGACGCUUCGUACAGUGCUUACGUGAUGACCACUUGUCCAACAUAUGCAAUACUUCGGCUAGUCUGGUUUGAUCAAUUCUUGCUUCCUGAGCGAGAGAAUCUAAUUCAAUUCCGAGAAGAAUCAAGUUUGUUGUCGGCAGGACUGUCUUUGCCGGGUUCGUAGUGAAGCCGAGAUGCUCACAUGUUCCCAACAUAAGAUCGAGCGAGGUCCGGCAAUGUGGAUUCGGGGAAGGUGGUUCACAAGUCCAGAAGUCGUCAAGAUAGUUCCAAAUGGGGGAGGCUCCCCUAGACGACAUGACAAACUUGAGGCCCUCGACGAACUUUAGAAAAAGGGCUGGCGAACUUCGAAGACCAAAGGGAAGGAAGGUGUCUAUAAAAUAACCGGGCACAACAGUACCAUCGAUCUCCACAGGCCAGGUAGAUCCAAGAAGUUCCCAGUCCUGUGCAUUAACCAGAAUGUGUCGAAAUGCAUCAGAGAGAUCCAGUUUACUCAUUAGAGCACCUGUUCCAAAUUGCUUGAGUAGUGAGAUUGCGCGGUCGAGCGAAUCGUAAGUGCAUGUAAACAAAUCCUUGGGGAUACCGUCAUUAACUGAAAGGCCAGCGGGCCACGAUAAAUCAUGUAUUAUACGCCACUUGACAGGCGCUGAGUGCUUCUUACGAAUCGCACCCAAAGGUAAACCAGUGAAAUUCUCAAAGGGCGGGGUAAGAAACGGUCCAACUUUACGGUUAAAGUCAAGUUCACGUUCGAUCUCCCUGGCCACGGGCUCAGGGUUGAGGAUCGCGGAUAAAUGAUUGGUGUGUAUUUGGUAAUCACGGGAAACGGGUUGAUAACCAAUGCGUACUCCAAAUUCAAUGUCAUGUAAUAAAUCAUUUACGAAAUCAGUGUCCGGGUGUGCCCACAGACAUGAGCGCCACAUCUGCGGGUUGAAUGGCGAUUUAAUUUCCGGCAGGGCCUGGGCAAUCGGCCUUGGGGUGGUCCCCCCUACAAGCUUUGCAAACGUGGGCUCGUUUACAGGCGUCGCCGAGAUUGCACCAUUUUCGCUGGUACAGGUUGCAGCCCUCCUGUCCUGUAGCAGUGAACCACUUGUCGAAUUUCCAUGAGUCAGGCGCGCUCGCUCCGGAGAAGUGGGAGCUGGUGCCCGCGGGUUUUGCCGCUUCUUGAGGCUUCUCCUGCGCGAGAAAGGGACAAUCCCGAACAAGAUGAUCGAAGGACUUGCAACGUGUACACUGCUUUGGGUGGGCGCGGAGAGCGGAGGCGUUAAGGAUGGUGGUGUAAAGUGUGGUGUCUAAGACAUCGAGACGGAUAUCUUUGCGCGAGGCCGCUCGUGUGCGAGUCUGUAUAUCGAACAUGUACACACAAGGCCAACGAAAUUUGCGGUUGGCGAGUUGAAUUUGUUCUCGAUAUGCUGCCAGCUCCAAAUAGCGCUCUGGUUGUGCUGAAACAAUUUCCAUUUCGUAUUUGGUCUACACUUGGAGCCAUAAAUCGAAGGAAUCGACGAGGCACUUGCGUUGUGGCCUGGAGAUAGCGAUCAGGUCACCGGAAAGCGAGCGCAACAUCCCUUCGUCGCUCGGGCUUGAUCGCAAAACACUUAGGGCAGAUAAAACGUCAGAGAAAUCCACGUACUCACCAUUUACGGCAGCUGGGGCGAAUUUCUCAGGUAAAUGAUGGGGUUUGGAGGCACCGCUAACGGACGGCAAGUUAUCAGGACCACUUGGAUGACUAGCCUCGUUAACUGGUUUGGGGGCGUUCCCGACGGAGAUUUCCUCCAUGCGCUUCUUCAUCGUUGUCUGCUCUUUUGCGAGGCCUUCCAGCUGCAGAGACAGGUUUCGCAUGGCUUCAAGAAGGUGCUGCGACUGAUCCUGCUCCUGUGUCCCGUUGAAGGGCUGAGUAGUGGAAUCAACUUGACAUGGCGGCGAUGUCGCGUGCUCUGAUAAUUCUUGUGCUGCAUUACUUUCUUGGGUUAAGGACGGUCCAGCGCAGUACUUGCCUGGAAAACCGAAGGUAUGAUCCUUCUUCGGCGUUUUGCAACCGGGGCAGAGCGAAGAGUGUUUGGGUUUGCCCAUAAUAGCGAAGAAAUUACAAAAACAAAACUACGGAGCGAUAACGUGUACAGAACGAACGAUCAAACAAACGCGUGACGAGAUAUGAAACGCGAUCCUAUUUACAAUUCACGCUAACUAUUAACUUCUAUUAACCUGUAAAUACCACUUGAACUAGGCCUUUUUGAGAACUGCUUUGGGAUCCUUGCGGCAAGAUGGAGGAUCUUUCGUAGAGCAAUUCAAGCAAAAGUUGAAACAGUGCAGAAAAUUGUACCAGCAACUGUUGCUUUGCACAAUUAUCUCAGGCAGACAGAUACUGCUUGUUACUGCCCAGCUAGCUUUGUGGACAGCUUUGAUGGCUCAAGAAAUAUUCUACCAGGAGAGUUGCACAGAAUCACUUCAGUUGAUGAAGGGUCCGGUGCUCUUUGUAGCUUACCCCCCAAUAAGAGGCUCAAAAUAUCGUAAUUAUGCUAUGGAAGUGAGAGAGGCCUUGAAAGCUUAUGUUAACUCAGAGCGAGGUGCGGUUUCCUGGCAAUGGGAAUACACAAUGCUCGAACUUAACUUUUAG